CAGUCCAUCACACUCAUAAUUCUUCAAAACCUGCAAGUGUUGUUUCGUCACCUUUACUGCAAAAUCCGGCUCAAAUUUUCAAAGAGCAUGUUAUAGCUGUGACAUCUGUACCUAAGCAACGGGAAUUCGAAGAACCGAAACAUGUGUCUGCGGCAGCUAGAAUCAAUGAAACUGUUGUGGGAUCCCUCAGCCCAGCUCUUGGAGUAACCUCACCAAGGCAGAGGAAUAGAAUCAGAACUAACCCAUGGUUACCGGGUGGUGCUUUGAGUCCAAGUCCUGUCAAACAUGAAGUCAAGACUGAUUCUGGUACUAAAUCUACCACGGAAAGCUCGAGGCUUCGUAGAUUCCUAAGUCCAGUAGUGUGUCGACGGCGAUCCCUAUCUUCCUCUUCCUGUUCUUCUAUGAGUGCAACCAGCAUCCAACUAGAAGUUCCUAGACCUCGUUCUGCGAGCGAUGAAGACUGUACUCUCAACGAAAUGAUGGGUAAGUUCGACGAGAGUUACGUUUACGAAAAGGAGACUGAUAUUUUAAGCGACAGCGAUCCAACUGAUUGCGACACAGACAUAGAUACUGGCCAAGAUGGCGGUGAUGAAGAUGACCCCUACGAGGGGGAGCUGGACUUCAUCGAUAACUGUUCUCAUCAUGAGUUUGAAGGUAGAGCAGAUCACAACACGGGUCAUUGUUCGUAUUAUAACUACGAUGUCCAGAGAAAAAGGUCAUCCAGAAGACGUGCACAGCGUAGAAGUAAUAAAUGCAGUGAGAAGAAACGAAGAUCUUGCUCAAGUAAGAAAAGACUUGUCAAGCAAGUAGAUCGUGAGAAGCAUAACAACACUUUCACAGAUGGUUCUAAAAGUGCUGGUGCUACCCCUGUUUCCGUCCGACGUGCCAACAGACCGAUCUCUAAACUAGCCCUUGAGAGUUGUUUGAGAAAAAGGUCUAACUCUGUCAGUUCUCAUCAGGAUCAAAUAACCACCAUUGAUAGAAGAGAUAAAGAAGCUGACUUGAAGUACAGGGAACUGAUAACUGAGGCUGAGCAAAUUUUGCAUUCCAUGAAAAUCAACGGUCUAUCUCCAAAAAGAGUACCCGGACCAGCCAAUAAAAGGGUGGAGCUUUUGAGGUUCACUGAAUGUGCCAAACCCGAGUUGUUCACGAAAAAUCGAGGGCCAAUAACAGAGGACACUGUAACUACUAACCCAUUUUGUUCCAAAAUUCCGUCCACGAGUAGUUAUAGCUGUCCUCGUUUUAGCCCGAAGAAAAACCAUAUCACUAAAUUUAUAAUAAGCAACUCUCCAGUCUUAUAUACAUCUUCUAUUUGCACCAAGAAAGCCGAUGAUACCCGCCAAGUACAGAAGAGUAUCUUGCAAAAAGAAAAUACCUCAGAUCUCAUCAGAAUGAGUCCAAGGAACAAGAGGAAAGUCAGCAGACAAAUUGCCUACUCCAGCUCCGAGUCUGACGAAACCUCAAGAAGCAUGAGGAUAUCUGAGUGUCCUCUGAGUGAACCUGUUCGAAGAAAGACUUAUAGUAGUCCCAGAAAUGGAAAAACUGUUCUAUUCAAUGUGGCUAGUGGAGCUUCAGGAUAUACUUCACGCAAAGAACAGAUAACAAGUAGCACAGAAAAUAUAAGGCAACAAGUUCUGCUCAAUACAAUCGUUAACUUGAAAAAGAAUCUGGAGGAUCACUCGGCUUCUUUAAAACAGGUUUACAGGAGUUCCCAUAAUAUUUACCUAUGAAUGAGAGUUCGUUAGAACUUAUUGUGCCACCAUUUUUAAUUUUAUACUAGAUACCCAACAAAGAGAAGCCUAUAUUUUAAAGAAGGUAAUAAUACAACUAUUUGGUAUUAGUGAGAUGCCGUGAGACCAACUUUAGAAGUAGUUGAUUAGUUUAAAGUAAAACUUUAACAAAACGGCUAGAGUUGGAAAAACAGGAUGGUUCAAUAAAAACGAAUUGAAGGCGAAUUGUCAUAGUUAAGGUCAAAUAUAUGCUUGAAAUAUUUUCCUCUUGAAUUCAGAAUUUAUUUCCAAAAGCCACCUAUGAUAAUUAUGACUUACUUCGUUUCCAUUGGUCUUUCCUCUAUGUCUACUGACUAAGAAUAUUUUUAGAUGUGCUCUUUGCCUUGGCAUUGAGUUAGAUGAAUAUUCAUAUGGUAGUAGUUGAACUUUGUUGGAGUUAUGAAAUAGUUUGAUUUUAUUUCGAAGUAGAAUGACACCUUGUAGCAUAUAAACUAGAACUUAGAAGCGUUAGUUACUACACUAGUUUUUGGCUCACAUAAACUCUUUUUUAGGAUACAGUUAGAGCAUUUCAUUUUUGAAUGUAAUUGUUAUUUGUUGUUACUGAAAAUAUUGCAGAUAGCAAGUAAAAAGCGUUGUUGAAGUUUUUGUGCAAUAAAUAUGAAAUGUGGGCCACAAUUGGUAGUAGAUCGAUGAUAGGAAUGUUGAUAUAAGUUGUUUUUUGUGAAAAUAGGUUACAAGAACAAUACAAAUUAUGAAAAUGAAGUUAUUGUACAUGUUCAAUUGACAACACUUUGUGAUGAAAAUCAUUGAGAAGGACAUCAAGAUAUUGUAGAAAAAAUUGGAGCUAGGUAGCCAGCAUGUACGAUUCAUUUCAUGUUAACAGUAUUAUCAUAAAAAUAUCUUAAUUUUUUUUCAGAAAAUCAAUCUCAAACCAUCAAAAAAACUUAUUCGAAAACAUACGGAAAAGAUACGAUGUUUUCAGUCGGGAAGUAAAAUUAGAAGAGUAGGUGAACUGAUUGGAUGUGUGAGUAAACAGGGUAUUUGUCUUGUAUUUUAAUUAUCUGACAUUUGUACCUACACACAAUGAGGGAAUAAUUUCGCU